GAUGAUAAUAACAUGGGUCGAGCCACUCUAGCGGAUAAGGUAACAGAGCAGCAAUCCCUGGAACUCAGAGUGACACGUAACACAACAGAAGAAGUUAGAAAAUCUAAGCAAACGAAGCUUUCCAUUGAUGAAGUACGAACAUUUUCUUGUUGUACUGAAAAAUGCACUUGGAGUGUUGAAUAUGCCGUCCUAAUCUUAGCAAGGUCAUCUUUUAAUAACCUGUCUAAUAAGGGAAAGAACCAGUGGGUUCUGAAUUACAUAAUCGAUCAUCAGAAUAAAAGUGACAAGAAUAUACUUUUCAUGGUUUAUGGAAAUGUGGUUUGCAAAAAAGCGUGGUCAGCAAUAUACUCUAUAAGUGAGUAAAAAUUCAGCAGAUUGGUC